UGUCUACCGUGAAGCAGUUGUGUUUGCAUGGCUGUGUUUCGGUUUGAAGGGUGGGAUAUAGCGUGAAUUUACUAGGUACAGAGGAAUAACACCUGAGUCCUCAGGAAUGGCAACGCAUGGGGGGUAUCAUGGGCGAAACAGUAUGCUUUGUUAUAUCCAUGGUACUGCUCAUGUCUAUAGGCGACGGUUACCAUUUUCAUCAGGUGGGCCGUCAGCUUGUUUGCUAUUCUAAGUUGUAUAAAAAAAAAAAGUUAAAAGGACAGUAGAUAACUUAUUAGGUACUAAUUAAAAUAUAAAAGACGUAUUUUACGAUACGAUCUACUCAUUAAGUUCUUUCUUUAUAAGAUGACAGAUGAUUGAUACCUACAUACCAAUUAGUAUAGGCACUAGUAAUUAACAUGAAGGAGUCUAGAAUGUUGAAAUAAAAGGGAUUUAUUUAUUAAGUUGUUUGUUGUUGACGAACAGUAUACGGAAUAUUAUAUUGUCCUGGUUUAGUCUCAAAAUGAGAGCUGUAAUUAAGUUUAUUACAUUAUUACUUACAAUAGUAAAUUUAUCAUUGUAUUUCAUAGCGUCGAAAUAGUUAGUCGAAUUAAAAAAAAAAUUAGAUAGAACAUUUUAUAAAACUAGAUUCGGCUAUUUUGUGAUUUAAAAAAGUCAUUAAUAUCAAUAUAAUAAUGUGGAGAAUAUAAAUAUAAAUAGAUUUCUUUUAAUAGUUAAAUGUAACGGGAUAUUUUAAUUAAGAUACUGGAAACACAAAAAUGACUAAAGUCGUUUUCGAAAAAUCAUUAAAACUAACUAAAUUAUCACUAUUAAUUACUGGUAUACGAAUCGAUCGAACAAAUUACAAUAGAUUUGUGGCGAAGCUGCUUCACUAUCUAUUUUAUUUUAAUUUAUCAUUCCUAUAUACAGAUAUAGGUGCAGAAUUUUGGUGGUUCUUUAAAGAGAUGCAAACUGGCAAAAGUUUUCUGGAACUUUCCUUUUGUGCUCCGUGUAUAAUAAUAGCUCUUUUAGGAACUGCUAAAUGUGUGUUUCUUUUUUACCACGAAGAUUUAAUUAUUAAUGUUCUCAACAAACUGAGAAGUAUGCAUCCAACAUUAGAAGGAAAUGAUGUCCCAGAUGUAGAUGUAGACGAAAUUGAAGAGAAAAUAGUUAAAAAUUCUGUGAAAUGCUUGAAUUUAGUCAUUUCACUAUUGUACUACGUUUGUACUCCAGUUGUAGUCUCGUUUUCCCUUAUACCAGUUGUAUCAAUGGCUUUUCAUUACUAUCAGACCGGUGAAACUAAGUAUAUGUUCCCAUAUCAGGUGAUAUAUUUCUUCGAUCCCUUUACUAAGGAGAGGUGGCCGAUCGUGUACCUUCACCAUGUUUGGUCAACUGUGAUAGUAGCGGCAUACGUUUUCGGCUCAGACACACUAUUCUACGCUCUAUGCACGUACAUACAAAUGCAUUUUAAGAUAUUGCGCCAUCGUUUUGAGAACAUGGUAAAAGAUUCAACCGAGGAAACUCGAGCUCAACUGGUGAAGAAUAUUGUGAGACAUCAGGAACUUAUUGAGCUGGUGAAUCAAGUCGAGAUUCUAUAUUCGAAAUCGACGCUUUUCAACAUUGUCACGAGUUCUGUCCUUAUAUGCCUAAGCGGAUUCAAUAUAACGACCCUGAAAGAUACAUCGGUGAUCAUACUGUUUGGCACCUUCUUGUAUAUGAGUUUAUCACAAAUAUCAUUGCUUUGUUAUUUCGGAGAUCUACUUAUGAAUUCGAGUAUCCAGUUAACUGGAGGUAUAUACAAUUCGUUGUGGUACGAGACAGAUCAAGAGAUCAAGAAAUGUAUACUACUCAUUAUUAUACGGACCCAAAAGCCAUGCAAGCUGACGGCUGCGAAGUUUGCCGAUUUGAACUUGAGUGCAUUUACCACGAUCCUCAGUCGCUCGUGGUCUUAUUUCGCUCUGCUGAGAACUAUGUAUAAAGAAUAAAAAGUUCUUUCAAAAUUAUAUUAAGUAGUAAUCAAGGGCUUUUAGUAUCACUCAAUUUAGUAUUUUGUCUAAAUGCACAAAUGUUAGUUUUUAUGUGUAUAUUUCAAUCUGUAUUUAUGUUACUGUAUUUCACUUGAAUUAUUCACUUGUCAUUGUAUAUUUUUAUUUAUGGUGCAAUAUAGAGUUAAAUAAAUAAAUAAAUAUUA